CAUAACGAAUUUAACUCACUUCAUGCUCCGGGAACCACUUGCAUCUCCCCCCCCCCCCGAAUCAAGCGUUCCGCCCGGGUUGGCGGCGCGGCGGGCGUAAAAUCGGGAACCGCUCAACAAUGAUAGGCUAUUAACGACACCUCUGCUGCAUCUGUCUCACCUAAGCCACCACCGGGGCGACACGUCGUCCAAGCAUCUUCCGAUUCACUCGCGGCCUCACCUCCGACUAUAAUCCACCGAGUUGCCCUUUGCUACGAGAAACCAGACCUUGAAACCAAUGCCUCCUUUCUGAUACACACGCGCGCGCACGUACGCACUUAUACACACGCACGAUGUCUGCCAUCACUGCUCCCGCCUCAUCGGCAUCGACAACGCAGGACCGCACGCGGGAGGCGCCGAUGAGCUGCCACCCCUUCAUGGCCCUCCCUCUCGAACUCCGCCUCCUGAUCUGGGAGGCCUUCGGCUCCGAACCCCGUGUUCUUGAGUACAGAGAAGACACCUGCCUCAUCGAGCCCGCCCGUGAAUACCGGCAUCCGCGCCCCGUCGGCCUCGGCGUCUGCGCCGAGGCGCGGACGGCCAUCGGUGCCCUUCUCCGCCCCUUCCCGCACCCGCACGACAUUCGAAAGGGGUCUCGCCCCUCGCCGCCCGCGCUGGAGUGCGUCCCGGCCUCGGACGUCGUCUAUCUCCCGCCGCCCGUGUACCGCAGCCGCAUCGGGGCGUGGGAUUCACCUUGGACGACGAAGCCCGGCAUCCGAAACGUCGGUGUCCACUGGUCCGUCCUCCCCGACGAGCGACGCAUCGUCGAGGCUCUCAAGGGAUGCUCGCUCUGCUUCACCGACAUGACGAAGCUGGUGGUCUUCAUCGAGUUCAAGCCGCUGCCUCAACCCGAGCAAGAGGCCGGCAACGGUGGUAGCGUGAGACUCUUGAGCCAUGCUGAGGACGAGUUCCGGCUGCCUCCGUUGUUUUCUGAGGCGCAAGGGCUGAUGGAUGACUUUUGGACUUGGGGGGAGCUGAGACUUGCCAUCGAGAAGGUGAGGAGGCGGUUGAAGGGGAUGCCCCAGGUUGAAGGGAUGUUGUAUUACCGGGAAGUGGAGGGUCUGUCAGGUUGCUGAGCCGGAGAAGGAAGCUAGUUGAUUUGCCUUGAGUGGCUCCGAUUAGACAGCCUUCUAUUCAUGCGGGAUUAGAAAGGGUUGAAGAUAUGGAAGUACAAGGCGGCAUGGGAUGGAGAACCAUGAUGAACUCUUGAACUUCUUAAUGGAAAAAUCGGGCGAACAGAUACCAUAGUCAGAUCAGCACGGGAUUUUCAUGA